CGAAUGUAUGCGUAGAUGCGACCGCACUGGCUGGCUUGUAAACACUGGCGCUGGGGCCACACGCGGGACGCGUCCCAGACGAAUCAUGUAAAGUCAGUGCAAACCAUGCCAGCAGUACCAGCAGGUAACUACUACCAACAGGGCCAAGGUCCCAGUUGUUGGGACCGGGUUAAGCUAGGCUUCAUGAUGGGAUUCUCUGUUGGCAUGGCGACUGGGGCACUCUUUGGAGGCUUCACAGCCCUUAGAUAUGGACUAAGAGGCAGAGAGCUAAUGAAUAAUGUUGGAAAAGUAAUGUUACAAUCAGGAGGCACUUUUGGAACCUUUAUGUCAAUUGGUGCGGGUAUUCGAUGUUGAUUGUAGUCACAGAAAGCCCUCAACAUCCGUGGUUCAAUCAGCAUUUAAGUGUGCAGAUAGUAGACUAAUUUCUCUGAACUUAUAUUUAAUUACAACUGUAUAAAUGUUUAAUACCAUAGUAUAUAAAAAAAUGUGGCUUUCCAAGGAAAAAUGCUAAUUAUACACAUUUAUCUAGAUGGAGUAUAGUAAUUUUAUAUUUUUUGGCUUUAGCUGAAAAAAUUAAACAGUUAAUUUCAACAGGAGGAUGAUAUCGACACCAUAUAAUCAUAUCUAAGCAGUAAACCCAUAAGGGUCAUGUGCUGAUUAACACCAUAAUGGCAACAAAUUUUACUUCUGAAUUUAGCUUCCUCUGGGAGUUUUAAGGCAAAAUGUAAAUAUUUGUUACUACUGAAUUAAGUAGCUAGGCAUAUCUAAUGUAUAAAGGAACAAUUGUCAAUUAUUAUAGUCCCAAGGAAACCCUAAACCCAUAAGGAUUAUAUGCUGUAUUUGACAAAUGUAGCAAGUUGUAGCAGAAACGUAAAAUGAAAUUUGAGGUUAGAUACAGUUUGGAAUUUAGGCUUUGAGGUUUAUCCAACAAGUCUGUGCUGUAUGACCCUUAUUGGUUUAGUGUUUAAAUUGAUAUUAUCCAUCAAGUUCCUUAAUUUACAAAUUACAGUACAAUAAUUAUAGCUUAGUAGUCCCUCUUAAUUAUUUAGAUGUUCAUAACCUGAGGAAAUUUAUGAGAAUUACAGCACAGAACUGUAAAUACUGUAGUUAUAAUGCUGUACUGUGCAUUUUAUGCACUGGGAUGUCAUGUAUUUUUAUUACCAACAUAUAUAUUGGAAUAAAGGAGGGAGGGGGAUAAAGGGUUAAGAUCUCAAUUCUAAGAGAACAAAGAUCAUUAAGGGGGGGAGGGGGAAAGCAUUAAACCUGAAUAGAUUAUACAGACAGUUUGAAAAAAAAAAAUUUACAUUUGCAGUAUGGUAAUGGGUAAAUAGAGGGUGCCUUUUUUCAUCUCCCUAGUUAUUAGUUACUGAUUGUUAAGAUAAUUUUUUUUGAAGCCUACCAGUAGUUUGAGUUAAAUAAAUUUGUUUUAUUCAUAUCUUUCAAA